AACAAAAAAAAAACGAAAUCCCAGAACUUUCCCUUCGUUAACAAAAAGUGUCUAUCAAAAUGUGCGCGAAAUUCGUUUGUGUUGUGCUCGUGGCCAGCUUUGUGUGCGGCGCAUUGGCGCUGCCCUCGCAGGAUAGCAGCGAAAAGGAUUUAGUGAAUAUGAUCAAUAAACUGGAUAAUGAAGAUUCGGUGGCACUGUUUGGCGGACUACGCAUCGAUCGCACGGAAACAGGUCGCAGCUUUGGUUCGGCCAAGUCAAUUGAAUCGUUUGAGGAUCGUGCCGAACGCUAUCUGGAAACACAUGAGCUGAAUCUUUCGUUCUCAGGCGAUGAGCAAGAUGAGAAUGCUGAGAAUGCUUAUAGCGGACGUGCCAUGGAUGAAUCUCGCAGCAAGCGCAUGAAGAAGAUGUUGCUGCCACUGCUGUUGGCUUUGAAACUGAAGAAGGCUGUGGUCGUCAAGGUUAUGUUCACCAUCAUCAAGUUCAUCUCCCUGAAGGCUCUUGCCAUCUCCUUCCUUGCCCUCAUUCUGGCUGGUGCCACCUUCUUCAAGGAUCUGUUGGCCAAGAAGAAGGACCACAUCACCACUGCCUACAUCACCGGCAGCCCAUUGAACGCCGAGAUUGUACACUCCGACUGGAACCGCAACGGUCAGGCUAGUGCCGCCGAUUUGGCCUACAACCACUAUGGUCUGGCUCAGCCCUUCUAAGCUGCAACAACAAACAUGAAGUUAUUUCACUCUCUCCUUAUUUCUAUCCCACCCAUCAUCUAUAUUUUCUUAUACCUUCCUAUCCCCCCCUUCACUCUGCUGCACUUUCCUUACCUUUCAAAUUUCCUCAAAAGACUUAAACUUCUCCAUGCUUACGAAUAAUGGCUAAAUUCGUUGUAGUGUUGUAGUCAAUAAUUAUUUAGUUGUACUUAGUUAGUUAGCUGCGACAUACCAAAAAACCAAAAAAAAAAAAGGAAAAAUGAAGACGAUAUCCGAAAAUCAUCCACGACACGGCGAGCUCAGGACAAUGCACACGGAACAAUUACACUUAUCAUGCUUGCGCCAUAUUUAUUGCACAAUUAAUCAUGCUCUCUAUGCAGACAUGUAGCUCAGGUUCAUCACAAGCAAAGAAAGAAAUGCAAACAAAAACAAAUAACGACAAACAACAUAAAAUACUUAUG